CAAUGGCAUUUUCUGGGAAGUAUCAGCUCGAGUCUCAUGACAACUUUGAGCCUUUUAUGAAGGCUGCUGGUCUGUCCGAUGAGCUCAUUCAGAAGGGGAAGGACCUCAAGAGCAUCUCAGAAAUUGAGCAGAAUGGGGAUGACUUUAAGGUCACUGUGACUACUGGCAGUAAAGUCAUAGUGAACUGCUUCACUGUGGGGCAGGAGUGCGAGCUGGAGACUCUCACUGGAGAAAAGACCAUGGCUGUAGUGCACAUGGAUGGGAACAAACUGACCACUACAGUGAAGGGCAUUGACUCUGUUACUGAGAUAAAUGGGGACACCAUUGUUAAUACUAUGACACUGGAUGGCAUUGUGUAUAAGCGGAUCAGCAAGCGUAUUUCCUGAUGUGCCACUUGAUAAUUUGAAAAUAAACUGCGCACUGUGAAAA